UGUCAUGUUGGUACCUGAUAGCGUUUACACCCCAGAGCUCCUCAGAGAGAAACCUCUGGAUAAAUCUGAAGAUUUCAUACAGCAGUGCCGAGAAGAAGGGUUCUAUAUUGACCCAAGAACAUCUUCCCAGUUCUGCAGAGACUCGGCCCGCUCUCUUGUAGCAGCAUAUAACGAUGGUGCUCUGCCGUGCGACUGUGACACAUCUGGCUCUACAGGAAGCGUCUGUGAUGCAGUUGGAGGACAGUGUCCCUGCAGGCCGCAUGUGAUUGGGCGGCAGUGCACAAAGUGUGCCACUGGAUACUUCGGAUUUCCCUACUGCAGAUCGUGUGAUUGUGGCCGCCGACUAUGCGACGAAGUGACAGGACGUUGCAUCUGCCCUCCUCAGACAGUCAGACCGGCCUGCGAUGUGUGUCAGAAUCAGACUUUCAGCUUCCACCCUUUGCUGGGCUGUGAGAAUUGUGAAUGCUCCCCAAGCGGCAUCGCUGCAAAUGCAGGGGCUCAGUGUGACCGCAAUACUGGUCAGUGCAGUUGUAAGCCGAGGAUUGGAGGCCGGAAGUGUGAUCGCUGUGCUCCAGGUUAUUAUCGCUUCCCUGACUGUGUGCCCUGUGACUGUAAUCAAGGUGGAGUUACAUCUAAUGUGUGUGACCCAGACACAGGAAGGUGUCUCUGCAAGAGAAAUGUUGCUGGGGUCAGGUGUGAUACUUGUCGGGAAAGGUCCUUCUAUUUUGACCCCUCAAACCCUCUCGGCUGUACCAGCUGCUUCUGCUUUGGAGUCACUGACCAGUGUCAGAGCUCCAGCAAACGCAGGGGGAAGUUUGUUGAUAUGCAGGGCUGGCGUUUGGAAAGUACCGACAGAGAGGAGGUUACAUCUGUGUUGAACAAAGCCAGUAACACGGUGGUGGCAGAUAUCCAGGAACUUUCUCCCGCAGUUCAAACAUUACACUGGGUGGCACCACCGUCCUAUCUGGGAAACAGGGUUUCAUCUUACGGUGGUUCCCUGACUUACCAGUCCAAAUCAUUCGGGAUUCCCAGUGAGGGGAUGACUCCGAUUGGCAAAAGACCUGAUGUUGUCCUAACUGGUCAUAACAUGACUCUGAUCCACACAUCUCCACAAGCUCCACUUCCAGACAGGCUCUAUCAAGGCAGAGUACAGAUGUUGGAGGGGAACUGGCGACAUGCUUUCAACAACAGGCCUGUCUCCAGAGAGGAACUGAUGAUGGUCUUGGCUGGUCUGGUGGGCCUUAGGAUCCGAGCCUUGUACUUCACCCAGAGCCAGAGACUCAGCUUGGGUGAGGUGGGCCUAGAAGGGGCCACAACCUCAGGGACUGGAGGUCCUAGUAACUUAGUGGAGAAAUGUUCCUGCCCCUCUCAGUAUACUGGUGACUCCUGUGAGAAAUGUCAGCCUGGUUACUACAGAGAUGGCAGCAGUCCUUUCCAGGGCCUCUGUGUUCCCUGUGAGUGCAACGGUCUCUCCGAUGAGUGUGAAGACAGGACAGGGCGGUGCCUGAACUGUCGGUACAACACAGCUGGGGAUCGAUGUGAGCGCUGCAAAGAAGGUUACUAUGGAGACGCAGCUCUCAGGACGUGCAGAGCGUGCCCAUGCCCAUUCACCACUAGCACAACGAAUUUUGCGGUAGGUUGCAGAGAGGUGUAUGGAAACAUCGAGUGUAUAUGCAGAACAGGCUACGCUGGUAGCAGGUGUGAGAGGUGUGCUCCUGGUUACUAUGGCGAUCCACUGAUCCUAAGAGGAAGUUGUCGCCCCUGUAACUGUGCUGGCAAUGGCAACAGCUGUGAUCCCAGAACUGGAGUUUGCAAGAAUGCGCUGGAGCCAGGAGACACAACCACAGAUGAACAAUGCCAAGAGUGUGAUAAUUGCGCCCAGACUUUAUUACAUGAUUUAGAGGAGCUAGAUAAUGACCUGGUAAAGAUCAAGGCUGAGCUGGGCAAUGCCACUGCCAGCGCCUCCUCUCAGGACAGGCUGAAAAAGCUGGAGAAGGCUAUGGCAGACACCAAGGUUCUUGUUAGCAAAUUCCACUCUGACAUCAAGACAGAAAAACUCAAAGUUGACCAGCUGGAAAAUGACAUGGACACUCUUGAAGAUGACAUUCGUUCCCUCAAAGACAAGGCUGACCAGAGGGCUUCUGAGGCUGACAAUGCAGUCAGAGAUGCUGACAAAACCCACAAGAGAGCCGAGGAUUUGAAGUCAAAGAUCGAGCAGAUAAAAGAUCUACUGAAACAACUUGAGAAUCAGGAUCAGAGGGGUGAUGUGCCUGCUAAAAACUUUCAGCUUUAUGAAAAAGCUAAGACAAUGGUGAAAGAGAUGGAAGACAAGAAUUUCACUCCUGAGUUGACCGCUGCAAAGAAAGAAAGCAAUGAAGCCAAGAAAUUGCUGGACUACAUCAAAAAUAAUGUAAGUAAGCAGUGUGAUGAAAAUGAGGCUGCAGCGGAUCAGAUUCGAGGUCUUCUGGAGGGUUACGAAGCCAAGCUGAAAGAGCUGGACAAGGCCUUGAAAGAUGCAGCGGACUUAGUGAAAAAUGCCAAUGCCCAGAAUGGCCUUAAUGCUAAUACUCUAGGAGAUCUGCAGAAACGCACCGAAGACUUAAAAAAUGAGCGGAAGAUAGUCGAGGACCAGAUGACCUUGGCCAAGAAUGAGCUACAGAAAACAGAAGAUUUGGUGAAAAUGCUCUUAGACAAUAAAACGGAGUAUGAGCAGCUGGCAGCACAACUGGAUGGCGCCAAGACGGAUUUGACCAAGAAAGUAAAUGAAAUUUCUAAGGCUGCGGCCAAGAAGGACAUCGUGGAGGCUGCCGAAAACCAUGCUAAAAACCUAGAAAAGAUUGCAAAGGAUAUUGAGGAUGCCGUGAAGAAUGCAAGCGGACGAACUGAGGUGCGCAAUGCGAAAGAUGCUAUUGAGGCCUACAAGAAUAUCAUAGAUGCCAUAAAUGCAGCCGAGGCAGCUGCUAAGGAAGCCAAGGUUGCUGCAGACAGCACCUUAAAUAAUGUAACAAACCAGAACCUCACAGAAAAGGCAAAAAAGCUGAAGAGUCAUAGUAAAGACCUACUGACUCAGGCAGAGCAAGCAGAGAAAGUCCUUAAUGACACUGCUGACAACAUCACUGACCUGAAUAAGCGCAUUAAUGAUGCCAAGAAGAAGAAGAAAGCUCUUGAGAAAGACCUUCUUGAUGCACAGGGACAGUUAAAAGACAUCACGAGAGAUGACAUUGCAGCUAAGAUAAAUGAGGCCAAGCAAAAGGCAGCUUCAGCCAAUCAAACAGCCAGUGACACAAUGGACAAACUCAACAAAAUGAGAAACGAACUUAAUAAGAUCAAUGUCUCUCCCGGGGGCUCUAACCUAAACGGUAUAUUGGACGAUGUCAGCCAGACAGUGAAUAAUUUGCUAAACACCAUCCCAUCUCUGACCAAUAAGAUCUCAACAGUAGAGAACCUGACCUCACAGGUUUCACCCAUUAACAUCAUAUCUGAAAACAUCAAAAUGCUCAAAGAUCUAAUUGAACAAGCCAGGGACGCAGCUAACAAGGUUACAGUCCCUAUGAACUUCAAAGGUAAAGGUCAUGUGGAGCUUCAUCCACCAAAGAAUCUGGAUGAUCUGAAAGCCUACACAGCCAUAUCUCUGAUGCUACAUAGACCUUCAGGGCGGGGAGAUGGAAAACGCAGACGCAGGCAGGCCACAGAAGAUGACAUGUUUGUGUUAUACCUUGGCAACAGAGAUUCUACAAAGAACUACAUAGGUAUGUUUUUGAGGAACAAUGAGUUGUAUGGCGUGUACAAGCUCAAUGGAGAUAAGUACGAGAUAAAAACGGCAGCCAUCACUAGGUCUGAACCUGAGUCUGCAACAUUUGAUAGGGUGGACCUGCGCAGAAUUUACCAGGAUGCAGAAAUGAUCCUUACCAAAGAUAUAACCUCAAACACAGACUCCAUACCAAUUAAGGAAGCCAAUCAAGGACAAAAUUCCAAGGAUCUCCUGGAUCUCAGUCCCGAUGACAUUGUUUUCUAUGUUGGAGGCUACCCAGCCAACUUCACUCCUCCAGAUUCCCUCAGAUACCCCAAUUACAAAGGCUGCAUUGAAUUUUUCUCUCUUAAUGACAGAGCUGUCAGUCUCUAUAAUUUCAAAAGAAAAGACAAGAUUAAUGAGGAUACUCCAUGCCAGAGGUAUGUUAAACCUGUUAAGUCAGACUACUACGAAGGCACCGGAUUUGGCCGAGUGCUGGUGGAUAAUAUACCGAACACCUUUAGCAUCACUAUGUCCGUUAAUACCCGCUCACAAAAUGGCCUACUCUCAUAUAUAGGAAGUGAGGACCAGUACCUCUAUGUCACCAUGGAGGAGGGAGUCAUUUUUAUACAUAGUUCUUUCUUUGAGACACCAGCUUCUAAUAAUCAGAAGGUUUUCCUGACAGAAGACUGGGUUGAUAUACAAGUCUAUGUGACAAAGAAACAGCUCAUGGUGCGUGUGGGCGGUAAUGAAGCUGCUAAAGCCGAAGCUGAUUUUGACAUACAAAACAUUAAAGAUGUCUAUAUUGGUGGUGCACCUCAACACUUGAGGGAACGGUAUAAGAUCACCAUGCAGCCAUUUAGAGGAUGCUUGAAAAAUCUGAAGCUGAAUAAAGGCAUUAAGCCUUUUAAAGAAAAAAUGGGCAUCAUUAAAGGCUGUCCUGUGGAAUCGCUGAGUGUACGUAAAGCAGAGUUCACUUUAGGAAGCAGUCUCUCGGAUAACCUUGAAGGCUUUACUCUGGAUAACAACAUGACCAUUUCCCUUGGAUUUAAGAGCACAGAGAAUAAGGGUCUUAUUUUGCGAAACAAACAGCAGGCUAAUGGGAUUGACCUUGGAAUGGAAAACGGCUACGUGAUUGUCUAUUUCAACGACAAGAUGUGGAAAUCUACCAAACAGUACAAUGACGGGCGCUGGCAUUACGUGACUGUGAUGAUAAGAAGCGGAGGGAUCCGGAUGGUUAUUGAUGAUGAGGAUGAAGGGCAGGAGGAGAGCAGUGGCCGCUCCAUACCUGACACAAGUGGCUCUCUCGUCCUGGGAAAUGAGAAUUUCAAAGGCUGCAUUUCCAACCUCUACACAAGACGGAAAGACAGUCUGUACAAGGCUGAGGACCUCAGCAGAUUCAAGCCUGACGGAAAGGUUUUCGUGGAUGUGUGUUCUCCCUUGACUCCCGUUCAACUGAUGCUGGACCGUAACUCUAAGAAGGAUGAUGUGAAACCUGUGAGCAAUGAGAGUGUGUCAGCAUGUGCGUUACCAGCCAUGGAUCAACAUGCUUAUCGCCUUGGAGGGACUGUUAGCAGACUAAGCUACAGCCUUCCUCUACAGGUCCUGCAACCCAGACCGCAUUUCUCUCUUGAAGUCAGGACUCGAUCGCAUGAAGGCAUGCUGUUCUUUGCUGCAACCAGAGGAGGGCAAUCUCAUCUUGCUUUAUACAUGUCGAAGGGCAGGAUCAGGCUUUCUGUGGGCAAACAGAAGAUCUUCAACCGAGAAAAGUACAAUGAUGGAAAGUGGCACACGGUAAUGUUCAGUUUGGAAAAGAAGAAAUUCCGGCUGGUUGUAGACGGAAUAAGAGCUCAGGAUGGGCAGCUGACUAAUGCAGAGUUGUCGUCCAUGAAGCAGCAAUUCCUGUCCCCUGUCUACUUGGGCAGUACCCCACAUUCCCUUCACAAAGAGUUAAAGUCGAAGGGCCUUCCGAAGCACAGUGUGUCUGGCUGCGUACGCAAUUUUAAGAUGAAUGGAGCGCAAAUGUCAAAUCCAACCGCGAAUCAUGGUUCUGGCCCUUGCUUUGAGGGACAGACACAAAGAGGCGCUUACUUCUCAGGGAAUGGAGCACACGUCGUUGUCAACGAUUCCUUUGUUGUGGGCUCCAGCUUUGAGCUGCUGUUUAACAUUCGUCCACGGAGUCUGACGGGACUCCUGCUUCAUGUAGGUGUGUACAGCAAGACUCCAAAUGGACUGCCGAUGGGUCACUAUCUCAUUAUCUAUAUGCUCGGAGGAGAGGUGGUUGCACGAGUAAACAAUGGAAAUGGAGAAUUCAUGGUGUCAGUGAAGCCAAAAGCUUCUUUAUGUGAUGGAGUAUUCCAUAAAAUUUCAGUAAUCAAGAGGAAGAAUGUUGUGCAAUUGUAUGUGGACACACUGGACAACUACAAGAUUGGACCACCAUUUUCCAAUAUACCUUUGACCAAAGACCCACUGUAUGUGGGUGGCAUUCCUGCGAUCUUAAUGCAGCAGAGGCUUCCUGUCACAUCCUCCUUUGUUGGAUGCAUCCAGGACAUGGGGAUCAACGGUGAACUGGUGUCCUUCGAAAGGCCGUCAAGCGUGUUUGGUCCAGUCAACCUCAAGGAGUGUCCAGGCUGAACAUAAAGAUCUCCUCAAACCAUCAGUAAACAAACCCUGGGACCAUGUCCACCACCAGCUAUGUGCAAUCUGUUACUAUGACAGAGAAUGUGUUUGCAUGUAAGAGUGUGUGUGUAAGACGAUUGUGUUUCAGCGUGAGUGUGUUGGGAUGAAUGUACGUGAAAAAUAAAUAUAUGAGCAGCAGCUUACAGGUUCAUAAUGUUUGCUGUUAAGUUAAACAUGUCUAUAUUUAUUUAGUGUAAAGUCGUGUAUUGCCUCACAAAUUACAAAUGCGUAUUUUGACGGCUGCAAUAAACUCUACUUUGUUGGUCUAGUCAGUCUCUACUGACUAUCAAAUGCUACUGAAUAUGCUUGUAAGUGGUCAGUGCUGCGUUAAAGUCAGCCCAGCACUUUCAGAAAACAAGUAUUGCCUUUGGUGCUGCGAAAGAGAUCAAGAUUAUUAACUGAUGUACUUUUGGUUUGCUUGUUGGACUCAAUAGCUUAUACUAAGAAAAAUGAUGUUUACACCCAUGAUUCUCAAUUCAGUGACAUUUCAGGGGUUGCUAAGCUAUUCUGUAUUCAUAUCCACAUGCCAGCAUGCAGAAUUCUGCAUUUUAACUGGCUUAAGAGACAUGGACUCUUUGCACAUGUUUUCAAACCACAUGUUUUUCGCCCCCAGUGUUGUAUUACUGUUCUGAUGUGAUUUUCCAUUUUGCAUUCCCUUUGCAUGAGAAUAUGGAUGUAUAUCUUACAGUAGUUACACCAGAUAACAGCAUGUACUAAAUUUUGUUUCUAUCAGUUAAAUAACCAAUAUACCUAGAUGCCAUUAGAAUAAGUUUGGUCAGUCGUGUUUGGGACCAUUGCAAAAGUAAUAACAGAAAAAGUAUUUUUAGGUACUUAUAUUCACAAAAAAGGUGUUUACUUUUCUAAAUUGUGCAUUUAUGCCAGACUUUAAAUAACAUUAUAUCUCAAUAUGAUGUAAAAUUCAUAUUAAAUUGGACACACUGUACAUGCAUUCCUGUCUUGUGGCAACUGAUUUGUAAGCCAUUAUGUAAUCUGUCUGAUUAAUAUUCUUUAUGAAUUCCUGUCAGUGCCAUAAAUAAAUAAUGGACUUUUGAUCAAGGAA